AUGGCGGAGUGCGGGCGGAAGGCGCUGUCUCUCCUGGAAGCGGCCCGCUCCCGGUACGAGAGCCUGCAGAUAUCCGACGACGUGUUCGGCGAGUCCGGGGACGACAGCAGCGACAACCCCUUCUACAGCACCUCCGGAGACUCCGACUCCGACAACUACAUAGCCGAGGUAGGCGAGGAGGAGCAGCAGCAGCAGCCGAAGCACCACCACCAAAAGCGGAGCGACAAGGAGAGCGGGCACAGCUGGGGGGCAGGAGGUGGCAGCGGCGGCGGGAGCAGCGGGGCCGGUCCCCCGGGCGCCCUGUCCCGCAGCCAGGCGGAGGAGGAGGGCUGGACGGAGGCUCUGCAGGAUGUCACCGUGCCGCUGUACAAAGAGACAUAUGGCCCGGCUCAGAAGAUGUCAGCCACCGCCACAGCCUUGGACUUCUUCCAGCUCUUCGUCCCGGACAAUUGCAUCCAAAACAUGGUCGUCCAGACUAACAUGUAUGCCAAGAAGUUCCAGGAGCGCUUUGGCUCUGACGAAGGCUGGCGUCCGGUCACAGCCCAGGAGAUCAAGGCCUUUCUGGGCUUUGUCACCUCGACCAGUGUGCACCGCUGCGAGUCGGUGCUCAGCAUCUGGAGCUCGGGCUUCUUCAGCAACCGGAGCAUCGCCCUCAAAAUGAGCCAGUCACGCUUCGAGAAGAUCCUCAAGUACUUCCACAUCGUGGCUUUCCGGCCGUCACAGGGGAGCAACCAGGGCCUGUACAAGAUCCAGCCCUUCCUGGACUCGCUGCAGCAGUCGUUCAGCUGCACUUUCAGACCUUCACAGACGCAGGUUCUCCACGAGCCGCUGAUCGACGAGGAUCCAGUGUUCAUCACCACCUGUACGGAGAGAGAGCUGAGGAAGAGGAAGAAGAGGAAGUUCAGCCUCUGGGUUCGACAGUGCACCUCCACGGGAUUCAUCUGCCAGAUCUCCGUCCAUCUGAAGGAGGGUCAGGGCACAGACGGUCUGGCCACCCUGAAGAACAAGCCUCAGCUCCACAGCCUCGUGGCCAAGCAGCUCUGCCAGAACAUCUCUGGCAAGAACACCAUCAUCUUCACCGGGCCGUCCAUCACGAGCCUCAGCCUCUUCUCCGAAUUCAGCAAACAAGAUAUCUACUGUUGCGGCCUGCUGAGCACCAGGAAGAGCGACUGUACAGGCCUGCCUCAGAACAUGCUGGUCUGCGGCUCCACGCCGGCGCAGCGCGGCCAGUCGCGAGUAAUGAUGAAAGGCAGCAUGUCGCUGAUCAGCUGGUACAACAAGGGACACUUCAGGUUCCUCAGCAACGCUUACUCCCCGACAAAACAAGGUAUGAUCAUUAAGAGGAAAAGUGGGGAGAUCCCGUGUCCCUUGGCCGUCGAGGCUUUUGCGGCGCACCUCAGCUACAUCUGCAAAUACGACGACAAGUACAGCAAGUACUUUAUUUUCCACAAGCCCAACAAGACCUGGCAGCAGGUGUUCUGGUUGAGCAUCAGCAUCGCCAUCAAUAACGCGUACAUCCUCUACAAGAUGUCUGACGCCUACACGGUUAAACGCUACAGCCGAGCGCAGUUCGGAGAAAGACUGGUCAGAGAGCUGCUGGAUUUAGACGACUGCUCUCCCACACAGUGAGGAGGAGGAGGAGGACAGCAGGAGCGCACAGAAGAAGAAAAAACACACACAAACACAAACACAAACACAAUCCCCCACACGUACAUUCACACUCUUCAUUACGGUUGUACAGACUCCGCGGUCUGUGUCGAUGUGAUGAUACUGAAGCAAUGCCAAGCCUGUGUCUCUCUUCCUCUGGUUGUUUUCUGUGGUACUGUAAAUAUUCCCUCACAUAUGACUGCACACUACACAGUAGAGAAUCAUGAGCCAUGGGACAGUCCACUCGCCUAACUUUUAACCACGCAGAUUUACUAAGGAUUUUGUCAGCAGGACCGAUUUCACAAGCAGAGCCGAAAAACAAACCCGGGACGAGUUCACCUUUUAAAUGAUGUCAGCUACAAGUUCAGACUCUUGUCAGAGAGUCUAACGUGAGCCUGAAUCUCCCGCGUGACUGUUCAAACGUGUGCCUGCAGGCUGAAAGGCUACAUGUAGCUCGAUAUUUACACUCUGCGAAAAAAAGAAGAAAAAACACCUGUGACCCUGUAACAAAAAGCUUAGUAAACCAGGACUACGGUGUGUUCACCCGCUGCAUGCAUAAAGAAUCUGGAUUGUGAUGUUCUCUUGUUUAGUGUGAAACGAGCUCCAGGUGGGAUUUGAAACUUUUUAUUUCGUACGCGCGUGUGUGUAUGUAUUUUAGCAAGUGGAACUGCCAUUUGUGUGCGCCAAGCUGAGCCUGAGGAUGUAAACGUUCGGCCGUCGUGAUCCAGACGAGUCAUGUUGCUGCAUAGAGGAAGACGUAAAGCAACAAGCAGCGGUGUGGCACAGAGACAAGGGUAGCAUUCAUCAAUGAAAAGGCAAAAACUCAAAACUCAGCUUCAUCAGGAUUGUUGGUUUUAAACUCUAAUAUUGUUCAGUGACCUCAUGUUCUUCUAAAAGACCCACAAAGACGCAUCCAUUUCUCAUGUGAAAUCACGGAAAUUGUUCCAUAUCUGGCAGAGGAGUGCUCGUUGGAUCGCCUCCCUCAAACUAGGAGGUGGAUUCAGAGAAGAAAUUAACGGCAUCAAAUCUGCAGCCUGCUUUUAUCCACACUGUUCAUCUAAUUUGUCUUCUUUUAUUACCCGUGUAUUUAACUGUACUUCGGCAUUUGCGGUGCAGGACACGUUCAAAAUGUCCUUCACUAAGUCAGUGUUGCCAAGCAACAAGUACAAUCCUGGCCAGUGGGCAGGGGUUUGGAUAAUAUUUCCUGGCAAGAUUUAAGUCAGGGAAGUAAAAACUGAGUCACUGGAAAAAAAACAAAUGUCGCCUCAAAUCUUAAUGUAGAUUUUAAAAAAAGCUUCCGGGACUGUGACUUGUUUUCUCAUCAGAGGUGAACUGACAUCAAUCAGCUGUGAAAUUAUUUGGCAAUUUAAAAACACGAUUUUUUAAGUGCAUAGUGACUUUUCUGUGUGAAUGUUGAAGUGGAGAAAUGAUUCACUGUCUGCGAUUUAUCUUUAGAAAAAUCAAUUUCACCCAAGACAUUCUCAUCUAAAAUGGAAGCAUUGGAAACAAUUUGGACUCUUAAUGUGCACGCUGUUUUCUUCCAGUGGAACUUUUCUUGCCAAGUCACUGAUUUAGAUGCCAUCUUAUGUGCAGCCAAUGCAAGCGUGAGUGGAAUGAAUUACACUCAGACCAUUAUACCACAGCAGAGUUUUUAUAGGUGCCUAAAACUAAACAAAACACAAACCCUUCAUGCCAAAAACAAUAUUUAGUUACUGAAAUAAGACCUGGACUUUGGGUAAACAUAGCAUUACUGAAACAGUACUGCGUUGUUACAAACCAACUUAAAAUUAAAUAAGAAUGUAAAAGUUUGUCAAUGUGUUCAAAAUUUAUCAGCAAAACCAGCACGAGGAGAUGUUGGCUAGGAUUAGCUAAGAUAAAAACUAUAAACUAAACAUUUCUAAGUGGAAAGGGAGACUCCACCCUUAGUGUUCCAGGUGGUUUUUGUUUUUUGGCACCACUGUCGCAGAAACAACCAGAUCGCCUCCCGUUCCCCUCGGAGCAGCAGCAGCUACCAACAACACUAACAACAUCCCCCAGUCGGCCUUCAUAUUCCCGGGAGAUUUCACGUCUGGUGGCUGAAAAAAAAAAAAACACCACAGUGAAAGUGAGAUUUAAAGGGAAACAUUUAAUGAUUCAUUAAAACAGAAAUCUUCAAAACAUAAAAUAGCUUAAACAAUAAAAAAAUAAAAAAAACUGGUAAAGCAACUGGUAAACCCUAAAACACAGAACUGAAAAACAAACUAAUGAAAACUAGAAGCCUUUAAGCUCUGUGCCGCGCGGCUGCACUUUUGCUUUGCUUUGUGAUGCAGUCAACAUGUUAACGUCACGCUGGAAUCACGGAGACUCUUAAGUGAAAGGUUUUCGAUGCGUGUGCUUGCUCAGUCAGCAUGGUUUGAUGUGUGAAUACAUAUUACAGUGAGGUGACAGUCUUUUUACGCUGGUGGAGCAGAGCUGUGCACUUUCCCUCCCCCCCCACAUUACGUCUUGCACUUUGAGGAGAACUGUAAAGUUAGCGACAUGUUUAUUAGAUCCUCCUUUUUAGUUUUUUGAACCCGAUGAUAGUAUACAGCGCACUCAGAAAAAUAUGGAAAAUACGAAUAGAUACUUAUAAGUUCUGUAAAUAUACAUAGCUAAAUGAAAUGGAAUUUAUGAUUAAAAAAAAAACACCAAUGAAAUAAGACUGAAAAUUUAACGAGUAUAAACCAAAACAGAAAAAGAUUUCCACUGUAGAUUAGUACAAGGUACAGUACGUAUGUGUAUAUUUUGUUUACGGAUUACUGUGAGUGUACGUCCAUAAUCACUCUGUCACUGAGACUCAAGAUUGUGAUUUUUUUAACUUUUUCACUAAUCCAAAGCAUCGUUGUUGUCAUUGUUGCUCUUGUGUGUGUCUGUGUGUGUGUGUGUGUGUGUGUGUGUGUGUGUGUGUGUGUGUGUGUGUGUGUGUGUGACCCACUGAAUGUCCUCGUCUCAUGUCUAAUCACUGUUCACCUUGAAGUAACACCUGUAAUCUUCAGAGCCUCCCUUUAUCACUUGUCAGCUCAUGAUUUUUAAUACAUUUGAUAUCAACCAAUCCCACGCACGUGUAGUUUGAGAAGCGAUGGGGUCGUGUUAUUGGAAUGAAGUACAGCUGGAGCCAUUUGAGAAACCCAUCCUGCCCGUUUGACUGCGUACAUCCCGUCGUGUUGGUGUUGUUGGCACAUCAUAACUAAUGUCGCUCCAGGAUCGUCACUGCAGCUGACCACAAAACAACAGAAUCAUUGUUGGGCUGUGGUGGACGCGUGAGUCAAGUGUAGGACUUUCAACCUGGACACCACAGGUCAGCGUGUUGUUACAUAGUGAUUUUGUUCAGGUUUUGGCACAAAAACUAAAAACAGACCCUGUCAAUCUCUUGACUAAGAAAAGCUAAAUUCCCAUGUAGAUAUUUUUCUGGACUUUUUCCCGGGUUGCAAAGCUGUAACAUUACAAGAAUGUGUUCAGUGGCACAUUAGUUAUGUUGUUGUAAGGACAACACCAACAUGGCGAUAUCAGAUUGUGCACACACGUUUCUUGUGUUGGUCAUUAAAGGAAAAAUCCACACUGCUGACCAACAGUUUCAAAUGUUUCUACCCUCUGUGGCUGAAGUGGUGCCUGCAGACGUCAGCCCACUAGAGGUCAGAAAACACAAAGGUUUCAGACGGUGUAAGGUUGCUCUUCACAGCAAAAUGGGUUACUUAUCCCACAGUGCUGGUCUGACGGGGUUAUUCUUUUGUUCCCAUUAAAAAUGUCGUAUAAUAAUCUUUUAUCUCUGUAAAAAAAACCUUUCUGUUCAAUCCCUAAAUCAGAAAAAGCCAUCAAUUUACAUCAUGCAAAGGGAGAGAAAACCAUCCCUAAAAAGGCAAAGAAACCAAUUUCUCCAGCCUCUGAAGGCUUUAAUCCAUAGAUGUGUACCUGCCAGGCAUGUACAGUAGUAGUCUGAGUCAGGAGCAUGGCUGCAGAAAAAGAAAAUCAUCCUCCUUCAAAGCUGAAUAACCGCUGGACUGCGUCACAAAAGGGUGAAGGACAUCUGUUAAGAGUAUAUCCGAGUGUGAAUUUUUCCUUUACAGUGCGACACUGGCAUAUAAAAAUGAGCCUCUGUGAUGGCUGCAUUUGUGAACGGGCAUUUAAUCUGCAGCUCACGGUGGACUGAAGCCAGUUACCUUAAGAUGACACUCUCAAAAGGAUGCAUGUGACAUCCGCUGAGGCUUUUUCUGUAGUGCUCACAUCGCUCGGCUCAAACCACAAAUGAGAAGAAAUUAUGCACCAGAGACUCUCUGAGGCCACGGUUACCUGGCAACAAAUCACAUAUAAGUGAGAGGAAGAAGAAAACGGGUAGUUAUUUGAAGUUUCCCUGCCCAUGUGGUAAUAUCGUUAUCACCCCGAGUGCAGAUUGGGAGCUGAGCGGCUUCGUGUCGGUCUCUUCUUCCUCUUUGAGGGGCCGAGGAUCCCUUCUGUGCGCUUCAGCCCACGCGGAUCAAAAACACGGCUUCAUUUUAAAUUCUCAGGUUGAUCUAUCACAAUUAUUCUGUCCAGACGGCUCUAUUGAUCGCCCCGUGAAUCAAGAUGUUUCUAUAGUGCCUUUUUCCAGCUCAUUUUUUUUCCCCCCUCUCAUCAGUGGUUUAGUGCUGUUGAUGUCUCGAGGUGGAGUUGAUGCGAAUGACUGGAGCAGAUUAGAUUUUAGGUCCUGACAAAAAGGAGCGUGGUAAAAAUCCCGUCCUGCAUGGUGUGAAUAAUAGAAAAUUAGUGAACUUCUACUGUAGAGUUUUAGAUGCAGAGUCCCACAGCUGAAAUAUUUCCCAGGUUUCCUGCUACGUCCUUUAAUAUUUACACUCCUUUUCCUUGUACAUAAAAUACAUGUUCAUAAAAAAAAAACUCAGAUCCCAGUGAUGGCUGUUAGUCCUUAUCUUGUUUAAAUGGGUAAACUACUAUGUAGGAGCCUAGAUUGUAUGUUGGAGGAACGGGUUAAAAUAUAUGAGCCCCACUGUAGUCAGAGAGUUUGACACCCCAUCGCCAAAUGUAGUUCUUAAAGGGACAGUUCAACUGGAUCGCACUCGGCCUCGAAGUGCUCAAAGCGAGAGAAAAAAAAACCCAUUUGACCCCAUCGGCAGCGUCUCUUUUGAGAAAUCCUGACUCAUGAUGAUCCACAGACCUUGUUGUAGACUACAUGUAUCACUGUGUAUCAACGCAUGCGUGCAUCUACUCGCGAGCAAGAGGCUGUAGGGUGGAUGUAAACAUUGAUGGUGUCCUCUGUGGCUGAGCUGUAACAUUCAGCCUGUUCUUACUCCCAGUGCUUCAGAUACAGCAGCCUGGUCAGCGGCCCUGCAUGCUUCUAAGUUUGACGCACCUCUCGUGCAGUAUUAUGAAAGUCCACGUCAGGGGAUGGUCGCAGAGGUUGGAUGAGUCAUAUCCUGGAUUUUACUUAAGAAAUUUCCCUGUAUUACGUCAGUGUGUUACAAGACUGAAUGUAGUUAUUUAACCGAAGUAUGAUCUUUUCCUAAACCUAUCCAAGUGCUUUUUGUGCCUAAACUUAGCCAAAGAGCAACCGCUCGACAGCGUUAUCGUAUAACACUAAGCUGCUGAUAGUUAGCUUGUCUCUCGUCAGUGAGCACAUGCACACUUCCAUCUACAAGGCGACACAGUUGGUAGUUAUAUUUAAAGUUAUAGUUACAUGGUUAUAAGUCAAUACUUGCUACAUGAUCUGCAACAAGAUGUGGGAAUUAUCUUGACUAACCAGGUCAUGAUUUCCAGCGAGAGACACAUCGCCGUUCACUUUUUCAAAUUCAAUUUCAGUGGCACCACAAGCCAAGUGCCAGCUUGUUCCAUUAUUCCAGAUGGAUAAAUGACACCACUGGCAAGAGGAGACACUCAUUUUUUGAUUUGGGUGUGAAGUGUCCCUUUAAAAAAACAAAUUGUUACCACAACUGCAAAAGAGCAAAAAACACCAGAGGAGGAAUGUCACUCUGAUGGGUCUUUUGUCUCCAUUUGUCUCCUUUCACAAACAGCAGAGAUGUCUGUUUUUCUUACAUUCGUAUAUGUCAGAUGUGCAAAUCGGGGGUGAAAAACAAGACGGUGGGAAAACGCUGAAAUAUUUGUCCUUCAUCCAGUUUUGUCAGACAAAUAAUUGUCCCUAAAUCGUUUGUCUCUUUAAACUUGCCGUGAAAUAAAUCCCCCCCUCCCUCGCUGUCGGUUGUUUAGUGGUGAUGAAACGCAGUGCUGUGUGUGAGAUGAUGUCCAUGUGCGUGGUGUGCUGUGUGUGCCAGUGUGCCAUCCCUGUACAGAAGUCGUCUGUGUUCGUAUCCAGGGGAGCGAGACGGAUGUCGUAAAAGGUGUUUAAGCGAUUAGCUGUGUGGAUGUGAUACAGAAUUAAUAUGGCUGACCUCAGGGCUUCAUAACUAACUGCUGUACAAAUAUAUUCACCUACUGAAAUAAUAAACACUAAAUGGACUUCUAUUAACCAUCAGGUGCUAUCAAACCACUGUAAGAGUAAUAGUAGAGUUAGAUUCGAUGUUGUCAAACACCAGGGCCGCGUAUUGCAGGAGUCGUACCACUGAGGAGCACCAAAAGUUCACUUUUCUGGAUAAAAAUGUGAGGAAUAUUAACGUCACCAGGCACCAAAAGCAAACUUUUAACUGUGCAAGUGGUAGAACUGUCUCACGCUUGUAACGGAGGCCGCAGGAUGUCGAGGAAAAGAAACCGAGUACUUUGGGCUAAAGUGUUAUCUAGUUUCACAGACGGGGGGCCGGGAGGACGCGUGUAUGUGCAUGUACUGUUGAAUAAUGUGUGUAAAAUAACUGGUGUUUAUUUUUUGUUUUUAUUUUGUUUUUUGCUGGACCAAAUAUAUUUCUAAAAAUGUGUGUUGGUGAUGAGUUGUACAAGGUUGUCAUGUAAAUGUGUCUUCAUUAAAACUCCCAUCGAAGCUUA